AUCUUGUGCUGCAAGACAGACAGGAGGAAACACCUGCACGAGGUCGCGGACGGGGACGAGGUGUAGGACGAGGUGCAGGACGAGGUUCAGGACGAGGCGUAAGACGAAGCGUAGGACAAGGUGCAGGAACAAACCAAGAACAAAGACAGCAAGCAGGUCGAGGAGUUACACGUAGAACUAGUUUGAGAUUACAAAGGAGAAGUUUUAUAGAUUUAACAUCGCAAAUGGAACAAGUAUCUCCGCACCAGGAGUUAUUGGCGCAAGAACCUCCGCACAGGCAACCAUUGGCGCAAGGACCUCCACAUCAUGGAUUAUUUUUACAGGCGGCCCCGUACUGGCAACCAUUAGCACAAGAACCUCCGCAUCAUGAAUUAUUAGAGCAAGCACCUGUGCAGCAGGAGCAAUUGGUGCAAGCAUCCAUGCACUGGCAACCGAUGGAACAAGCACCUCCACCCCAGGAACCUCAGCAGCAGCCAGUACCCGAGCAACGGCAAGCGUUGGAACAAGCACUUGUGACCGAGGAACGUCAGCAGCAGCCAGCACCCGAGCACGGGCAACCAUUGGAACAAGCAUUUCCGACCGAGGAACCUUUGCAGCAGCAGCCAGUACCUGAGCACCGGCAACCGUUGGAACAAGCACCGCUGCUCGAAGAGCUUCAGCAGCAGCGAGCACCAUUGGAUCCGUUAGUACUCGUUGCAGAUCCAAUCGACAGCGACGAUAGCGAUAACUCACGCCCGGCAUCUCCUGUACCUGCGAGAAUCAACUUUGAACAAGACCCUUUACUGUACAAUGAGUGUUCGCGUCCGGGUCCUUGUUCUAUUUGCUUAAUAAACGAAAGAGACAUACUGUUUCUACCAUGCAAUCAUGCUGUGAUCUGUGUGGAAUGUUCAAAUACAAUGUCUCGCAACACCUUAUUGACGUGUCCGAUCUGCAGAGCCCCCAUCCGCCAAAAAAUUUUUAUCAAUUUUUCCUAAAUAAAAAAAAAAAAAAAAAAAAAAA